AGUUGAUAAAAUCUUCAUACAUGAAUGAUCCUUCGAUUUAGAGCACAUUUGUAGACAAUGGGAGAUUCCUAUUUAAAACCUUGCAGGUUCUUGAUUUCACUGGCGUAGUCCGAUCGGUGAACCGAUUGUUCAUGGGGAAUGAUCUAUUGCUUCAUUCCCUAUAUUUCUUCAUACAUGAUUGAAUAAUCUUUCGACUUCUAGUGUUAUAAGAGGAUUAUUAUAGAAAGUUGUGGAAAGAGGUUUCUCUUCAUGCUUGUAGGCAGCUCUCGUCACUCGUCAGCAACCUGUGCAAGAAGAGGGAUAAAGGUCUCAGAUAAAGGAACGACGUCGUCAUCAGGAUAAAACAACUUUUGAUCAUGAACGUGGAGGUGAAGUUCAUCAAUCUCUACUGUCUUGUCCUGAUUCUCGUGGGAACGGUCAGUGGUCACCCAGGUCUUUGUAUAGUGAACGACACUACUCCAAUUUUAUGGUUAGGUGGCGAGCAACAAGGCUAUGACUGUCAAGAUGAAACGCCUCCUUGUCCACACUUUGGUCUCAAGUCCAUCUGUCAUGAUGAUAAUGGUGGGGAUUUUCCUCCGUGCUUAAACGAAACAAAAAUCCUCUGUGCCUCUCCACCGGCAGUUCCUUUGACCAAUCCUACAGAAGUUUCAACACUUCGAGUUCUUGCAUAUAACAUUCUUGAACUACCAUACCCGUUUUUUCAAGGCGGUCAAAGGGAACGAACAUGUCGGAUUCCACAUGAACUAUUUAGGCUGCAUCCCGACCUUGACGUUAUUGUCUUCAAUGAAUUGUUCCAAGGAGGGUGUUUCUCUAUCGUCAACCCUUACACCAAUUCAAGCGUUCUCAGUUUCAGGGACAUUCUAACCCAACAUGGCUUUGGUUAUUUCACCGAAAACGUUGGAGAGCCAUUUUCGUCUCCCCUCGUAGUAAAUGGUGGGACCUUUAUUGCUUCACGAUGGCCUAUCGUACGGUACGACAGUCACGUCUUUACGGUUGCUGAUAAUACCACAUUGGAUGCUCUGUCUGCAAAAGGGGCAGUAUACGCUGAGAUCGUUAAAACAGUCGGAGAUUCCGAGAUGACCUAUCAUAUCUUUGGCACGCACAUGCAAGCUUCUGAGUCACCCUCUGAGAAAUCUGACAGAGUUCGUGUUCAGCAGGCAGGAGAAAUGCGUGAACUGAUGGAGAAACAGAACAUAUCUUCUACAGAACCAGUCAUAUAUGCAGGAGAUUUAAAUGCUGAAAAUGGAACGUCUCAUGGAACUGAUGUCGUCUCCACAUUAAAUGCCACCCAACCGCCUAAUAUUGGAGAGUAUGUCUACACGUUUGAUGGACCAGAGAAUGAUCUCCUUGGACCGACUGUUGAUGCUAAUUAUACAGGUUGGCUCGAUUAUGUACUGUACAGCAACAAUCAUCUGCAACCUUUACAUUCUUCUGUGGAUGUGGUACGCCCUCAACUCGACCAACCCAUAGAAAUCUGCAUAUCUGCUAAUGAAUCCAUUCCAAUUUACGCAGCAUCUAGUCGAUGUCUCCAACGCCUCCAAACACGGGAUCUAUCUGAUCAUUUCGCAGUGCUAGGUGUCUUUGAGUUCUCAUCGUCAGCAGUUGACACUUUUUACACGCUUUCAAGCUUUCUUUGUACCUUAACUGGAUGCGAUGCUGGUCUAGGAACUAAGAUCCUCUUUGAUCAGAUCUUCAGAAAACCUCAGAAGUUAAUGAUUCUUGGCCCAGCAUGCUCUACUGCAACUCAAGCUGUCGCUGGUACUGCUCACUACUGGAAUCUUGUUACGAUGUCUUAUACAGCUUCAUCACCAGCGUUAUCCAACAAGGUGGAUUAUCCAGCCUUCUACCGAACCUAUAUGCCUGAUACAUUAUUUAACCCAACUCGUAUUAGACUUCUAAAAGAUUUCGGCUGGACACGAGUGGCAACGCUACACGAAAAUCAUGAAAUAUUCUCUCUAAUGUCUUACGCUUCCGCCUCAUCAAUCUUGUCGAAUAGGAAUAAAUUUCCAUUGUUCUAUCGGACCUACAUGCCUGAUGCGAUGUAUAACCCUGCUAGAGUAAGGCUUAUCAAGGAAUAUGGAUGGACAAGAGUCGCUACUAUUCACGAGAAUCACGAGUUAUUCUCGCUCGCAAUCGAUAAUCUUCUUACACUCUUGAGGCAAGCUAACAUCACCAUCAUCACAUCGGAAAGCUUCUCAGAAAACCCACGGAAUCAAGUAGAAAAUCUCAAGAAUCAAGACGCUAAAAUCAUCCUUGCAAACAUGUAUGAGAACAUGGCACGAAGAGUUUUCUGUGAGGCAUACAAACAAGGUUUAACAGGAGAAGGGUAUGUAUGGUUCUUGAUUGGAUGGUAUAGUGAUGGUUGGUAUCAAGUCCAGGACCCUGACGUCACAUGUACUAUAUCACAAAUGAAAGAAGCUGUAGAAGGAUCGUAUUACAUAGCUACAGAGAGCUUACAGCUUAGUCCAAGCAAAGUACCCGGCAUCACUGGACUCACUGCCGAGACAUACAUCAAAGAGACUCUACAGAGAUUAGAUAGCCCGCGGUACGUCAACUUGAAUUACACCUUCAACAAUCUAGCACCCUUUGGAUACGACGCAACUUGGGCCGUAGCUCUCAUGUUAAACCGUUCAGUGGAGGUGAUGAAGAAUAUGACGUUUAGUGAUGGUAUCCCCAGGAGAUUAGAGAACUUUACAUAUGAGGAUGAUGAGAUGGCUCGACUCUUCUUCAAUCUUCUAAAUGAGACAGAAUUCACUGGUAUUACGGGUCCAGUGAGCUUCAAAAGUGGAGAUAGAGUGGGAAUAACUCAAAUCGAACAACUUCAAUUGGGCUGCAAGAGUAACCACAUUCAGAUUGACUCUACUUGUCUGACAUUGAACACUGACAAGAAGACGUGGUCAUUGGCCAGCUCGACAUGCAGUCUUGCUGGUGAUCGAACCUUGUUUACCCCAUCAUUGGACGCCGUGGAGGACCUGUUCGACGUCGUUUUGGAAGAGGGUGUGACGACCACCAGAUGGUACAUAGGUCUCUUUGUUGAUGCUAAUGGUCAGUUUAGCGAUGUAAGCGGCUCCUUGAAUCAGUCCGAAUUAGAAGCUUUUACAGAAUCUCUAAGCCCGUGGUCAUCAUCAUCAUCGAGUGGCUGUGCGGUCAUUGAUCUCAAUCCAAGUGAAGAGAACAGCAAUAUCGUCAUCGUAGACUGCGAUGAGAUGUACCCGUACAUUUGCUCAGAAUCCACUAAAUUUCUCGAGCAAAGAUUAGGACUUUAUGACACGGCGGGAGAUGUAUUAGAAUGGAAUUCAAGAGCUAUUGUUUGGCCAGGUACCGGUGAACCUCCAUUAGAUAGAACCCCUGAGGUUAACAUCGUAAUCGUGAAUGUCUACGAGGGGAUUGAUACAUAUCUUUAUAUCAUCAUGUGUAUACUGGCUAGUAUUGGCAUUCUCUUCGCUAUCUUCUUUCUCGUUUUCAACGUUAAAUACCGUAACCAAAAAUUUGUAAAAUUAUCAAGUCCUAACUUGAACAAUCUCAUUAUCCUGGGUAGUGUCAUGGUGUAUUCAUGGAUCUUCCUUUACGGACUUGAUGGAAAUUUAGUAGGGUCUCAAACACAUCAAGCUGUGUGCCAGCUUCGUAACUGGGUGCUGUCUAUCGGGUUUGUGAUAGCUUUUGGAGCAAUGUUCAGCAAGACUUGGAGGGUCCAUCGUGUGGCUACUUUUAAGAUCAUGCCAAGGAAACGGGCAAUUCGUGAUACACAGCUAUACCUUAUCAUCCUCUUCCUCGUCGCCGUGGACUUCGUAAUCCUACUUGUCUGGCAGAUCGUUGAUCCUAUGGUCCUUCAAAUCAGGGAUUUGUUUCUGAUGAACGAUCCGGAUGAUGAAUUUGUAAUGUUGCAGCCCUAUGUCAAGUAUUGUCAUUCUACCUACCAGACAUACUGGCUUGUUGUUAUGUACAUCUAUAAAGGAAUCCUUCUUCUAUUUGGUACAUUCCUUGCCUGGGAAACAAGAAAGGUGAAGAUACCAGCGUUAAACGACAGUAAACUAAUCGGCAUUAGCGUCUACAAUGUGUUCAUACUCUGCGCGAUAGGAGUGGGUGUCAGCUAUGCCUUACGAACAGAACCAGCUGCUCUCUUCAUCUUUCUUACCUUCGUCGUGUUAUUCUGUACCACAAUCACACUUGGUGUCGUCUUCGUACCAAAGAUAAUUACAGUGUACAAGGAUCCACUAGGUGAGAAUGCUACGGGUAAAAAGAAUCGAACCAGUGGAUUAGAAACCAUUGACAUGAGAUCAUCUACAUGUAUUGACAAUGCACCAGAGCCAUCAAUAGUGUCUUCUACUGGACCAUAUAAAGAUACUCAGAAAUUACAAGAAAAGGUCGAUAUGCUGGAAAAGCAGUUACAAGGUACGAAGGAUCUGAAUGCCAUCUUAAAGGAUACUGAUGAUAACAUGUGUGGCUUAUGGUGCUGCGGUCUCUCUUGCGGCUGUUCUUACAGACAUGGCUGUUUUUAUUCAGAUGAAGAUGAUGACUCUCUUCCUAGAUAUACCAUCAAACAAGAAGAGAGUUCAUCAGGUGUUUUCACCGGGAACCCCAAACCCAGAGGGCAGACCAAACCUACUAUGUCUGCUGAUGACCAAGCGCAGGUCGCGGUGGAAUCCAAUGCCGUUGAUGUGCAAGUUGGUAUAGAAAACGGUGGCUAUGUUUCAACGAGUAAAGACGCAAAUGACAAGGAGACACCUCCCUCGCCUGUCUUGGGUAGCAAAGAUUUGUCAAAGACAGUAUCUGAUGCUGCGGAAGCCUCCCCUAAUAACAUGUCUACGUGGCAGUCAUCGUCGGAUUUAUUUGGACUGCCCUGUGGUGAGGGUUCAGUGGAAGCUUCCAAUGUAAGAGUUAUAGCAGAGGAUGAUACGCCCUGUAGCGAUGGUGAAGAUGAAUGUUGACUACUCUCUACUCAUGUACAUGAAUGCACAAUCGUGUUCUUGACACACUAUUACAGACGGAGUCUGUCAAAAAGAAUUGUAUUUUACACAGGAAACUCAAAUCUGCAGGAUAUUGAUGAUCUUGACUUGUUCAGUAGACUUAAGUUAUAACAGAUGUAAGAACUGCCGAAAACCAAAGCACACCUGCACUUUGUGAACUAUUGAUGAAUUUUUGUAUAACAUUUACAUGUUUUUAUAUGCAAAUUUAAGCAUCGACUCCCCUAUAGAAACUUCAGGCCAUUGAAAACUUUACGCUUCCCAUUUGAAAAACGGAGAACAUCGUCCAGACGUGUGGGUCUGUCAGGUUUUUUUCAUUGGGGGGGGGGGGGUUCGAACGGUGUGUUCCUUUUAGUUUUGUUGUAACGUAUGGUUGUUAAAUAUAAUUAUUAUCACUUUCACUAUUAGUCAAGAAAGGUUACAUUUACUUUUUAACAUAUAGGUGAAAAGACGAAACUCUACGCCUUAACAUACAUGGAGGUUUAUUGUGGUAUCGAAAAGAAUGCAUCUGUAUUUCAAAUUCUGUACCUAUUUAUUAUCUUAUGCUGCUCUAAAGAAAAGGAUCUCGUUUGAGAUGUAUAUGCUAUACAGGGUAUAUUUUAUUUCCUAUUUUUAUAACCUGAAAUUCAACAAAAGCUGUGAUGAUUUAAAAAAAAAAAAUUGUAAUGUCGAUUGUCGCUAAACUUAAAACUUAGGUUUUAAUGUUGAGUUUAAAAUAUGCAUAUUUUUUCGAAACCUCGUGCAGUAUUUAAAUGCAAGAAAGAUGCUGAUGCUUUUGAUAUAGUCAAUGAUUCUACGCAAGUAUAUGGGAAAGAUGUGCCUUAUGAUAGGGUAUAUUUUUUUAGUAUAAAAAUUCAUAUUUGGUGUUGGCUAGUAUCAACUUUAAAAAAAAAGCAUUCAAAAAAAUAUACUGGAAAGGGGGAUAAGUCAUGUGCAAUGUAACUGUUUGAAAAUUGCAAAGCAAGAACUCACAUCACCAGAGUUUGUAUGACAUCACCACCUUAUCUUCGAUCAGUACUUAAAGCUUCAUUGUAUACUAUAACUCUUUCGUUUAUAGAAGUUCAUCGUUUCAUGACUAUUCUUUCAAUAAUUAUUCAUUUCGUAAGCCAGCAAGAACACUAAGAAGCGGAGCUUGUGAAGAGCAUAACGCCGAAAUGACUUGCCUUGUUCUAAUCGUAUUCAUUAUAUUAGUAUCAACAGACAUUUUAAGUUUGAAUUAUGCUUGUAAUAAAAUUGCAUGUAAAACUUUCGAAAUGUUUAUGUACGAAAUGUUAAAUGGCUGGAAUUUUACGUAUCUUUGGAUUUCGUGUUUUUCUUAACCAUCUGCAAACAUGUAACAAGCAAGAUUACAAACAUGAGAACAAAAUAGAGGGGGAUCUUAAGGGGUUUUAACUCUUACCCAUGAAUGUAUUAACUGUAAAAAAAAAAUGGAUCCUUGAUGACUCCCCCUUUUUUUGCUUCAUUUUUUUCGGCGACAAUAUCGCCAAGCACUCCUUCCCUGAAAACCAACAAAAUAGACGAGUAUUCUUGUCCCGCGCAAUAUCAAAUGAUCAGCCUCUGAAAUAAAAUUUCAUAAUAAUCAUUUUCCAUAGUAAUAGCAAUUAUCUAUAACAGGGUAUUUAUGUAAAUAGUUUGUGCACAACAUUUUUUACCAAGGUGUAUACAUUGGUGUGUUGUUAUAUUGGUGUUCGGUCUUUUCUUUAUUUUCAAACAUUCUUGCCAGAUGAUUUUGAUGCCUCUUUGGGGAAAUUGUGGCAGUAUUGUGUGAACAUGUGUGAUAACACGGAGCUGCACUUAAUACUUGUUGGUGUAUGUAAAUUAAGAUGUACUCGCACCAAAAAAAUGCUGUUUGUAUACCACCAUUCCUGAAGAUAUUUAUAUUAAUUGUAUUUUAUAAUAAAAUCGCCUUUGCAAAAUUCA